AUGCAGGCUGUGCCGAGUCUCGUGGGAGCCGGCACUGCAACUGCCGCCGCCGCUGCCGGCCUGGUUUUUGGCCAACCUCCUGAAGCCGAAGCAUCGUGGCCCGGCCCGGUCCAGCACAGAUUUCCUACCGAGUACGACGGCUUCCGGCCCCAGUCCGGCCCUCGCCGUCCCAGUACCAGCGCGGUUUCGAACUAUCAUCCCUGUACGUCACCAGCUGAGGAGUUCCCGUACGCUUCUUUUCGCCCACAGCCCACUAUCGAUACAGCCCGCCCCCUUACUUCGAAUCCGACGAGCCCGACGAGUCCAAUCAGUCCGACCAACAUCCUCCGACCCCUUACCGGAUUCUCCAUAUCAUCGCCCAAGUCGAGAAGUAGAAGGCAGUCUCUAGUACGGCCGGUGGAUCUCACAUCCCAACCCAUUGCGGAGGAUGGGAGAGACUCGGUGUCGUCCAGGGAGUCGUGGAUACGGCGGUUAUCGUCUCUCCGUCCAGCCUCCCAACACGGGAGCCAACGGUCGAGCCUGGGUCCUGAUUCGUCCUCCAUGACAUUUUCACAUGGUUCAGGCGUUCCGAUGCUUGGACAGGCGCCCAGUGGCCGCUCAUCACCUAACAAACUGGUCAAGAGGGCAACCUCGGGCCAUAACAGUGGCGUGGAUCACUCACGACGAGGCUCUAUAUCGCAGGUUUUGACACUUCGGAGGCCAGCAACCAGCCACCAACGGUUUGCGACAAUCCAACAAUCACAGACUAACGGUGUCGCGGCCGAGCCGCUCUCUGCGGGCGCGGCCACCUCCCUCGACAGCUACACCCCGUCACCGACGUCCGCGACCUUCCCCGCUCAAGCAGAGACCGGCGGGCAGACCCGGAAAUGGACUUCCUUCUUCCACGCCCGGCGUUCUUUAACAUCAGGACGCGACUUCUCUGGACUUCCAGGGGGUAGCGGCUCUUAUCGCGAUAUCUUCCCCAAGAAGAAAUUGUCGUUGACGAGGGGUAACAUUUUCCGCGCGUAUCUCACCAAGCCCGAUCGCAUCGCCGACAUCUCUCCCCUCAAAGACGAGGCAGAAACCGAUUCGGGCCGGGAUGUGGCCGGUCAAACCCAGGGGAGCUCUUUACCUUCGCACGAUACGUCCGAUUCCGUCGACUCGACGGAGGAGCGGUCCCGAAGGAGAUCAAUGUCAAUCCAUUUCAACUCAGCCAGUAACUGGAUUACAAGAACCGGGAGCACCCGCCUCACGCGACGGAACACGAUCGGUACGAAAUCUGGAGGCGGCCGUUUUGCGUCGUCUGAUCCCGAGGCUGCGCCGCUUGACCAAGGCCCACCCCUGGUCAAGCAGGGACUCGAAGGAAUCCAUGCGCCACCUGAUGUUCGAGAAAAUCCUCAGCAAGCCGAGUACGAAUCGACCCUAGCCGAGCCCGCUCGCACCCGCAAGCGGGACUCGUCUUCUUCCCCUUUACCUCCCUCGAGCCGGCCGUCUGGCCACGCUGUCGACCUCCCGCGCCUGGGGUCGGCGAGCCAUUCGAGGCCUUUUCAAGGUCCAAUCAAUUAUUCUCAAACCCCGUCAGUCGCUACCCACAGUCGUGGGCCGUCGGGUGAACGGUCUGUCACUCUUGCCGGCUCCGACGAAUCGGCACCCGAUUAUGUGUUUGGGGACGAUGAGGACACGGACUUCAGGAGCGACGGCAUGUACGACUCUUUCCGCACCGGCGCGUCCUCCGGCCGUCUUAGGUCCGUCGAAACACCAGUUGAGUCUGCAUUUGAAGACUCACCGCCUAGCACCGCAAACCAUAACAGGAGCAAGCGGCUGUCGGUCCAGGAAAUGCUUGGCUCUUGGGAUGGCGAGACGAAGAUUACCGAGGAGGACGAGAACGCUGAUGCGCCCAGUCGGACCGUACCCUUGACAGAAAAGCCCCAAUUUGUGGGGUCUCGAAGUCGAAAAGAGAGCAGAUCCAAGCGUGAUGCUCCUCGAGAGCUAACGUUGGUAAAUCGCGAAUUUGGCCGGCUAUCAUUUGAUGACGAUGACGACGAUGAUUGGGCGCGGGACGACGAGAAUACCCUAAGCAACCACCUUUCGCCGCCGAGCUCGACCAAUUCCCGUCGCGUUAGUCCCACCUUAAGGCAAACUCUUAGGAACGUCAGCGGUACCAGCAGCCUCGAUUCCCAACAAGAUAGCUUCAGCGAGCGCCCCAGGAGUAACAUAUUUGAUUGGGCCGAACCCUCGGUGCAUGAUAAGUCUGAAACAGAUCUCCCACGACCCAAGACGGUGCACGGAAAGCAGGAGCUGGACUUGAGAGGAGGCCGGGCCGCCAAUAGGAAACCGCCGGGGGCUCUCCAUGUCCGGAGCCAGAGUGUCCCUGUCGUUGUUCCUGAUUUGUCGGACGGGUCGAAGCCACCUCCCAAGUUCGGCACCUGGGGGCUGGGCACGAAAACCGCCAGCGAGGAUUGGGACGAUGACUUUGAGUUUGAGGAAGAUGAACCCGAGCUUUGCUCCCCUGGGGGUAAGGAUUCAGCCACCAGUUUCUCGAUGGUCGUCCCUGCUUCGAUCCAGGCCACACAGCCGAGCGUAAGGGCGCAUUCGGGCCACAUUCGUGAAUUCUCGUUGCUUGUCAACGACUUGAAGCGGUUGUUCCGUCACGGCAAAGAUCUUGAUAUCUUGCAAGGGCCAAUGGCAACCAAAUGGGCCGAGGCUGAAAGCAUUAUCGCUCUAGCGUCUCCAGAUGAAGAGGAGGAGGAGGAUUUCUUGGGGCCGACAAAGCCCUCUGUCGAGCUUGACCGGUCCACGAUCGAUGAUCGAUUCAUGGAGGGAGGGUUUGACGGUCCGUUGCUCGACCAGUUUGACGACUCCUUUGACUUCUCAGAACCCGAAAUGUCCAAAACGGCGGUGAUCCGGGAACGUCACAGCCCCCGACGUCGGUCUGUUUUCUCGCCCGAGGAUGACAUAUUUGGGACCUGGUCCCUCAACGGGGAGACUUCAACUCCCGCACGCCUACAGACACCCAGCCGAUGUUCAAGCGUGAGCCGAAAUUCAACCGUCAUAUCGACCGUCAUCGAAGCCAUAAAGCAACAGCAGCAGAAAUCCGACCGCAUCAAAAGUCCCGCCCCCAAGUCUCCUGAUACGAAGCUCUUCUUCGACACGAACAGCCUUCAAGAGUUAGUGAAGCGUGCCGGGCAGCUACGUGACUCACUUUCCGAUGUAGUUCGGAAGGCGGAGCUCCUUACCCAGAGUCCCGCCGGGACACCACGACGAGAGCGGCUUUCGCGCCAUCAGAACAUCGACGGUAGCCCUGCCUUUACGCGUGUCUUUGUCGACCCUAGCUCCACCAGUCCCCCUGGGCGCCUGCCCAACAGCCACAGCACACCCUCAAUUCUGAGCAAGGGAUCGGUUGAUUCGCCUCGAAUGCAGAUGAUGACGGUCAAUUAG